AUACUUUGCUGCAAUCGAUAAAGGUCACCUUGAAACGUCAAAGUGUGUCACCUUGGCGAGUACAGACACACAGUGAGUAGAGUUCUUCCAAAUUAAAUUUCGCAAAAUUUGAGAAAAAUUGCAAGAGUUUUUCAUUAAAAUAAAAACUCCAGCAGUUGGGUGCGUACACAUAUAUCCAGUUACUGUCAUAACUGAAAAAUCUCUUGCGAUCAGUACGCAACAAACAUUUGCUUUGUUUGUUGGUAGCGAGCAGUGUGAGAAGUGUGUGUUAAAUACUCAAUACGUUAUAACGGAGUCUUGUUUAAAAUAUUUUAAAUCUAUUUAUUCAUUAUUAAGCAUUAUUGCUAUUACUGUAUUACUGUAAAAGUGUAGAAAGUGCUUUAUAAAAAUGCCGACUGAAUUGAAGCAACGUUUUAUUGAGCGCGGGUCUCAUAAGGACAAAGGACUUGCAGUUUUCACCAGUGGUGGUGAUUCACAGGGUAUGAAUGCCGCCGUACGUGCCUGUGUACGUAUGGCCAUUUAUCUAGGAUGCAAGGCUUACUUCAUACGGGAAGGCUAUCAAGGCAUGGUCGAUGGUGGAGACAAUAUUGUUGAAGCUAACUGGGCAUCCGUGUCUUCAAUUAUUCAUCGUGGUGGUACUGUUAUUGGUUCUGCACGUUGUGCCGAUUUCCGUGAACGUGCUGGCCGUCUAAAGGCAGCUUGCAAUCUUAUUCAAAGAGGAAUUUCCAAUUUAGUUGUGAUUGGUGGUGAUGGCUCACUUACUGGUGCUAAUCUGUUUCGUCAGGAAUGGUCCUCUUUGUUAGAUGAACUUCUACAAACGGGAAAAAUAACUCAAGAGCAAAGGCACAAAUUCGAUGUUUUGCAUAUUGUUGGCAUGGUUGGUUCAAUCGAUAAUGAUUUUUGUGGUACUGAUAUGACUAUUGGUACUGAUUCAGCUUUGCAUCGUAUUAUUGAAGCUAUUGAUGCUAUUGUUAGUACUGCUUAUUCUCAUCAACGUACAUUUAUUAUGGAAGUGAUGGGUCGUCAUUGUGGUUACUUGCCUGUAGUCACCGGUAUCGUUUCCGAAGCUGACUAUGUAUUUUGCCCUGAAGCACCUCCACCACUCGAUUGGCCAGAAAAGCUAUGCAAUAAAUUAAUACAGGCAAGAAUUUGUUGUAUCUAUUCUUUGUGACAAUUGUUCUCGAUAUGUUCUCAAACAUUUUUGGCACUACUACGCCACAAGUUUUCAUAUUUGUUUCAUUUCAGCUCUCAAAAUUUUAUUUAAUUUUUAAAUAAUCCAAAUGAUUCACGCACCUAAGCAUAAAAUUGCCUAAUGAGUGCUAGUUUCCUUUAAAGUCUAUUUUAUUUAGCUAAUUUAUUUGUUUUUUUUUAUUAAACUAUAGUCUCAUAACCAUUGGCUAGAUUUCAUUUAAGUUGUAUAUCCAGGCUUAGAAAUAAUUAAUUUAUUUUCUAUGAAAAGCAUUACCUAAACAUAAGUUUAUACGAUAAUAUGUGUAUAUUAAAUGUGUGUAAUUGUUAGGUGAAUAAGGCAUGUUUCAAUAUGUUGACCAAGUGUACA